CCCGGCCGGCCGCAAAGUUUCCCCCGCGGCAGCGGCGGCUGAGCCUCGCUUUAGCGAUGGCCGCGGAGCUGAGCAUGGGGCCAGAGCUGCCCACCAGCCCGCUGGCCAUGGAGUACGUCAACGACUUCGACCUUCUCAAGUUCGACGUGAAGAAGGAGCCGCUGGGGCGUGCGGAGCGUCCCGGCCGGCCCUGCACACGCCUGCAGCCGGCUGGCUCGGUGUCGUCCACCCCGCUCAGCACACCGUGCAGCUCGGUGCCUUCUUCCCCCAGCUUCAGUCCGACUGAACAGAAGACUCAUCUCGAGGACCUGUACUGGAUGGCGAGCAACUACCAGCAGAUGAACCCCGAGGCGCUCAACCUGACACCCGAGGACGCCGUGGAGGCGCUCAUCGGUUCGCACCCAGUGCCACAGCCGCUGCAGAGCUUCGACGGCUUCCGUAGUGCGCACCACCACCACCACCACCACCACCCUCACCCUCACCACGGGUACCCAGGAGCCGGUGUGGCUCACGAUGAGCUGGGCCCGCACGCUCACCCGCACCAUCACCACCAUCACCAAGCGUCGCCGCCGCCGUCCAGCGCUGCCAGUCCGGCGCAACAGCUGCCCACCAGCCACCCCGGGCCGGGACCGCACGCAGCGGCCGCAGCGACGGCUGCAGGUGGCAACGGGAGCGUGGAGGACCGCUUCUCAGACGACCAGCUGGUGUCCAUGUCGGUGCGUGAGCUGAACCGCCACCUGCGGGGCUUCACCAAGGACGAGGUGAUCCGCCUGAAGCAGAAGCGGCGGACCCUGAAGAACCGGGGCUACGCCCAGUCGUGCAGGUAUAAACGCGUCCAGCAGAAACAUCACCUGGAGAACGAAAAGACGCAGCUCAUUCAGCAGGUGGAGCAGCUUAAGCAGGAGGUGUCCCGGCUGGCCCGAGAGAGAGACGCCUACAAGGUCAAGUGCGAGAAACUCGCCAACUCCGGCUUCAGGGAGGCGGGCUCCACCAGCGACAGCCCCUCCUCUCCUGAGUUCUUUCUGUGAGUCGUGGCGGGUCCCGGCCCCCGCCCUUACCCUGGCCCAGACUCCCUGUCCUGUGUCCCUAACCCUGGACUCCCUGUCCCUGCCAUGGCCCCGGCCUUGACCUGUUUGACUCGAGAGAGAAGGAGAGAGAGAGAGAGGGAGGAAGGACGCGCGGGCCGCGGGCGACGGGCGGGAGCGCGGGUGGGUAGGGAACCUUGGCUCAGAAGAGAGCGGCGCAGGCCAGCGCAGCCUGCUAGACUUGGGCAGAGUCAGAGAGACCCGGGCGGGUGGGAGGUCCCGGAGUUAACUUUUCUCCAGUCUGGAAGGCAGCGAGGCAUUUUCCAAGGAGUCGCCAAGGCCGUCUGGACACUUAUGGCUCUGGGAACUUUGUGAGUGCCAGGGCGGCCGAUUCGCAGCCCAGAGCUCAGUUCGCCCCAGGAAGAGCAGAGGAGGGGAGCGGAGAGGAGAGGGACUCUGGAGUCCCCGAGGGCGAGAGGCAAGGCUGAGCUAAGGAAGGAAGAACAGACAGAUCUGUCUGUCCAGAGUCCGGAGAACACUGGCUCUCAGCCGGAGACGCGGGCCUUAGGACAUUCGGCGCGCGAGGAAAAAAAAAAAUCUCAUCAGUUUUAUUGCCUGCUCGAUUAUAUAGAAAAAUACAAAAAUCUGCAUUAAAAAUAUUAAUCCUGCAUGCUGGACAUGUAUGGUAAUAAUUUCUAUUUUGUACCAUUUUCUUGUUUAACUUUAGCAUGUUGUUGAUCAUGGAUCAUAACUCCCUUGUUUCUUUGAGUGAGAAGGGAUGCAGUUCCAAAACUCCUGCAGCUGCGAGAGAGAGCGGAGUUUCAGUCGCCGGCCGGCUUGUAAAUUACCCGCCCGGCCAAACCACACUGAGAACGUAGCAGCAAGCUGAGUCUUUGUUUGGGUUCAUUAUUAUGGCAUUUUGUUUGUAAGUGAAAAUAAAAGAAGAUAGAAAAACAGCCAACUCUGUCCUGGGGAACCUUUGGAAUUUGUCCCCUUUUCCUUCCCACUUUAGUUUUCUGUUUCGUUGGUGUUGAGGGAAAGAUUGGAAGGGAGAGACAACUGUGGACGUCCACACCUUGGGUGCAGGAGCGUGUCCUCUACCCUGUCUUCUGGCCAAAUUGCCCCCCCCCCCCAACCCCCAAGAAGAAAAGAAAAGAGACCCGCUCCUCGGCUUUGCUUCCUGAGGAGUCAACCCAGGGCUGGCUUGGAAUCCUCCAGGAAGGCGCUAAUUGCGAGUCCCCUCCCCCAGAGCUUAGGGUGAAAGGAUCCCCCCCCCCCCCCACCUCUUGCUACUUGUCAAUGAAGACUUGCGCUCUCAUCGAACCAAAUGCCAUUCUCAGAAUGUACCAGAAACCCACACAUUGGCAAGCAAAGCUGCAACUUUCAAGUGCGUUCUUCAGACCGAUGCAUUCUGUGUUUCCCUGCUGUCGGGAUAGCAGGGAGAGUUUCUGGUGGUGUCCCACUCCCUUCGGUUGUACAGUAGUUAUAGGGGAGGCCUGGGUGUUUUUCUUUAUUGUUACUUUCAUUUCUGCGGGUCAGUAAAAGGAUUUAAGUUGCACUGACAAAAAUACCAAAAUGAAAGCGUACUUUUUAAAGUUCCCAUCUGAAUUUGCUGGCGCUGCUGGCUGGAUGCUUUUUUUGUUUGUUUGUUUUUGAGUUUGUAUUAGUUGAUAAAUUUACAGUAAUAACAAGAUUGUAUGAACCGCAUGGUGCUUGCAGUUUUAAAUAUUGUGGAUAUUCGUCCUGCAUCGGAAACGAGCUUUGGUUUUUACUGAUUCAACUGUGUUGAAAUCAAACUUGCAGCAACGCAACAGAAAUUGUUUUUAAUUUCAUGUAAAAUAAGGGAUCAAUUUCAACCCCUGCUUAUGAUAUGAAAAUAUUAAAAUCUAGUCUUAUUGUAGUUUUAAUUCAGACUGGUUUCUGUUUUUUGAUUAUUAAAAUGGUUUCCUAUUUUGCUUAUUAAAA